AUGCUCGCUCUUCCUUCUCUGACAACAAGCCUAGCAACAAACAAUUCUUCCAAUGCAGCUGCAAGAACUUCCACUAGCCAAAGUCCUGUGCAAUUUACCCGACCUGCGCAACCAAGCCUUAGCACGUCCACUGCCCCAGUGACGAGUACUAAUCAGAGCGUUUUGAACGCCGUCUUCAAUUUGCCAUCGUUGUCUAACUUUCGAAAUUUAACGCAGAUUCGAAAUCAGACACAAGCCGUGUCGCAAAACAAAGGUCGUGCACAAUCAUCCACCAACUCUUCGUCUGACACCAGUUCUACUCCUUCAAGUCUCGACGCUACGUCCAAUCUCCUGUCGAAUAUCAGCCGUCUGAUCGCGAAAGACACUGAGCCCGAGAGAAGCUCCGCUGUCGAGCAGUCAGAGAUUCUUCCCGACUGCAUCCUUAAAUUUGAGUUUGAGAAGCCAGACGGGCCAGAGGCAGAUGAGCAGCGAAGCUACGAAAUAGCCUCGCGAAUGCUAUUCCUGUCUGCCAAAUGGAUUAAAAACUUUUCUAGCUAUCAUUCUAUAGAGGUCGACCAUCAAGUGACAUUUAUGCUGCACACAUGGAGCGAGCUUUUUCUCAUCGGAAUAGCUCAGUGUAUAUCCAAGGACGAGAUGAAAAGUAUUUCCGAUACCCUUAGAUUCCGACUAUUUGAAGACGAGCUUAUUCAAGAUCUUGACUUGAUCGAAAGAACCGUGCUGUAUAUCCAAGAUCUGGAACUAGGCCCUGUCGAAUAUGCGCUUUGUCGAUGCCUUCUUUUUCUCAACCCACUAGUCACGGGAACUCGUGAAGGCGCUGAUCAAAAGAUUGAAAAACUUUUAAAUGAUACGACAGCGAAAAUCUCUUCGUUGAUUUCAAACCAGCGCCAACAGAAGAUAUUUAUGCGAAUAAACUUGUGCAAACAAAUUCAUAAAAAGUCCAUUGAGAGAGAGCACACAGUCUUUUUUGAUAUGGCAAACGUUCACCAAAAUCACUACAACGAAAAAGCGAAGAGACAAAUAGAAGAAUUUCAGCGGGAAAGGGAGCAAGAAAGAGAGCGACUUCAAAGGGAGCAGGAACGACAUGAGCGUUUGCAACGAGAACUUGAAAUGGCGCGCAUUCGCAUGGAAUUCGCUCGAAUGGAGCUUGAAUCGCAUGAACGACAAUUUCGCCAGCUGACCGGAUCUGGAGGCAACUGGCGAGAAGAAAACCCAGAAAUCGCUCGACAAUGGGAGGAAUUUAUGGCACGAAACUAUCCAAACGGCCAAAUCAACAACGAUAACCAGUGA